GGGGUUGGGUUUGCAAUGGUUGUGGCUGAGACAGGGGAUUCCGGUGGCAGCAAUGGUUUUCGUGGGCCGAGAGUGGUGAAUGUUGGGGCUUUGUUCACAUUGGAUUCGGCCAUUGGGAGGCCGGCCUUGCCGGCUGCUAUCGAUGAUGUGAAUUCGGACACCAUCAUUCUUAAGGACACAAAGCUCAAUCUCAUGUUGCAGCAGGACAGUAAGUGCAGUGGAUUUUUGGCCAGUGUUGAAGGGCAUCCUUGUUUGUGUAGCUAGAUAUCUAUGCAGGUGAUGGGGAAAGAUGUCAUUGCCCAUUCCAUCUCUCCCAUCUUCAACGAACUUCAUGUGCCGCUCUUAUCAUUUGGCGCCUCCACCGAUCCCACGCUGCAGUAUCCCUACUCCUACUCCUACUCCUACUACAGAUUGGCUUUCUUCUCUGCCUGCUCGAUUCUUCAGCGACAUCUUCUUAUCCUAGUAAGAUUGCUUACUUUACGCAGCCUUACAUGGAGUCGGGCCUCGUGUGGAGCAGGUUAAAUCGAGCCCAUGGUCGUUCCU